AUUUUUAAGCACACAAGUGUGGCUGACAGGAGUGGGAAAGCCGCACGUUUAGCCUCAAAUUGAAUGCAGUGAGGACAAUCGUACUUUCUCCAUUAUAUGUUGAAGAAGAUGAAUUCACUCCUCAAAGUGGACAAUGAACUUAAAACUAAGGUCGAUGCUUUCAGGGAACGAAUUACGGGGGAGGCAGAGGAACUAGUUGCGAGUUUUUUCCCAAAGAAGUUAUUGGAACUUGACCAUUUCCUCAAGGAUCCCAUCUUAAACAUCUGUGAACUGAAAGAGAUACACUCAGAAAUCAACUUGACAGUGCCGGACCCCAUUCUACUCUCAGACAUCCAUGACGGGCUUGAAGCGGUGAGACAUCAAAAUGCUAAAAAAAGGAAAUUGGAAGAUGGCUCUGGGGCAGACAAGGUUGCUGGCACCAAGGUCUUUGUCAUGCCCGGGGGGAUGAUGAAGAGCAACACCAAGCUGGUGGACCUGAUCGAGAAGGUGAAGCCAGAGAUCAGGACACUCAUAGAGAAAUGUAACACGGUUAAAAUGUGGGUUCAGUUGCUUAUCCCAAGAAUAGAAGACGGCAAUAACUUCGGUGUUUCAAUUCAGGAGGAGACUGUAGCUGAACUCAGAACAGUGGAAGGGGAGGCAGCAUCAUACCUUGACCAGAUAUCCAGAUACUACAUCACAAGAGCGAAGUUGGUUUCCAAAAUAGCAAAAUACCCACAUGUGGAGGACUACCGCCGUACAGUGACGGAGAUAGAUGAGAAAGAAUACAUCAGUCUCAAAAUCAUAGUUUCAGAGCUAAGAAAUCAAUACGUUACAUUACACGAUAUGAUCUUGAAGAACAUUGACAAGAUCAAGAAGCCUAGAAGCAGUAAUGCUGAGGCCUUGUACUGAGUGACUGAGCCACGCUUUCUGUUCCCUCCCCUGCCAUGCUUGUCCCAGCCUGGCUCUGGGUCACCUGAAGGAGAAGAGCUAGAUCUUUGCAAUCAGAUCAGUACAAUCCAGAAACCAUAGUUUGGGUAGAGACAAACGCACGCAUUUUUGUUUUGUUUGAUAUGUAAAAUAUUGUCAAUGUUUUAAAAUCCUCUGAAGAAUACAUUAUCAGAUCUCUCAAUGAAACCAGGAAAAGAAGAGUGCUAUGUAUUUUUUAAAAUAUAAUAAAAAAAAUCCAUGCAUUUCCAGAUGUCUUUUGUGAAACCUAUUUGGACAUAGCUCUGUUCUGGAUUUUCCCAAUAUGGCUUUUACCCUUGUUAUUUUUUUAAUGUCUACUGCUUUACUGAAUGUGUUCUUUAGCAUUCCCAUGUAGGUCAUUGAAGUGCUUUUUAUCAGCUGUGUUUUCAAAUACCCUGGUAAAGACGAUGAUAAUGGUUGACAGACUAUGCUGGAUGUUAUGGGCUGCAAGCAGAGCAAUUAUUUUACCACGUUCACUGUCCGGGAAUAUGGAGUCAUGACAUUUUAAGGACCUGUGUUAAACUAACUACAACAAUCCUGCCAACAAAAGUAAAUAAAAUGUUUUUUUUAAGAAUA